AUGGAUACCUCUACUUUCAUUUUCCUAUCUACCAUUCUCUGCUUAGCUCUAAAAUUUCUCUUCUUCAACACCUACAAGAACAGAAGGCUUCCGCCGGGUCCACCAGCCAUUCCCUUCCUUGCCAGGUUCAUAUGGCAAAGAAAAUCCAUCUUCGACAUCGAAGACAUCCUCCGAGAGCUCCAUGCACAGCACGGCCCCGUCGUAACACUUCGCAUCACCUCUCGCCCAACCAUCUUCAUCUCCGACCGCCACCUCGCCCACCAAGCCCUCGUCCAGAGCAGCGCCACCUUCGCCCACCGCCCUCCGGCCAUGGAGCCCAACCACUUCCUCACCUGCGGCCAGCACGACAUCAGCUCUGCCACCUAUGGCCCCCUCUGGCGCCUCCUCCGCCGCAACCUCACCGCCGAGAUCCUUCACCCAUCCCGUGUCAAGCUCUUCGCUCCGGCUCGCCGGUGGGUCCUCGAAAUACUCAUGAACAAGCUCAAAGCCGGGGCAGGGGCUCGCGGCGGAGAGGUGGUGGUCAUGGAGAGCUUCCAGUACGCCAUGUUCUGCUUGCUGGUACUCAUGUGCUUUGGCGAGAAAUUGGACGAGAAGGCGAUCAGAGAGAUGAAGGCCGUGAUGACGGUUCUGCUUUUAAACUUCACCGAUUUCCCGAUAUUUUCGUUCUUUCCCCGGAUCACUAAGCUCCUCUUUCGGCGAAGGUGGAACAAAAUAGUAGAAGACCGGCGAAAGCUGGAGGACAUCUUCAUCCCACUAAUACGUGCACGAAGAAAUCGAAAGCAGCAGUCGGACGAAGACAGGUUUGUUUACUCUUACGUCGAUUCUCUCCUUGGUCUUUCUCUUCCGGAGGAAGAGGGAGGGCGGAAACUCACCGAGGGCACCGACACGACCGCCACUGCGUUACAAUGGAUCAUGGCCAACCUUGUGAAGCACCAGGACAUGCAAAGAAAGCUAUUGGGAGAGAUCGAGGGGGUGGUAGGGAGUGAUGGGGAGGAGGUUAAGGAGGAGGCUUUGCAGAGGUUGCCGUAUUUAAAGGCAGUGAUCAUGGAAGCGCUGCGGCGCCACCCGCCGGCGCACUUUCUACUGCCCCACACGGUGGCAGAGGACAUGACCUUGAAUGGGUAUUUGAUACCGAAGGGAGCGGAAGUGCAUUUUAUGGUGGCAGAGAUGGGGCGGGAUGAGAAGGUGUGGGAGGAGCCAAUGGAGUUCAAACCGGAGAGGUUCUUGGCUGGGGGGGCGGGGGAAGGGGUGGAUGUAACGGGGAGCAGGGAGAUCAAGAUGAUGCCAUUUGGGGCGGGGAGAAGGAUAUGCCCAGGUUUCGGACUGGCCAUGCUCCAUCUUGAGUACUUUGUGGCUAAUUUGGUAUGGAAGUUUGAGUGGAAGGCUUUGGAGGGAGAGGAGGUGGACUUAAUGGAGAAGCUGCUGUUCACUGUGGCCAUGAAGAAUCCUCUCCGUGCUCGGAUCUGUACGAGGAACAAGUAA